ACCACAGCCUUGCUUACCACGAUGUAGGUUACCAUGACAACGACGCGGGGCGAUCGGUCACCACGUGCGCGUGUGGGGACAGUGUGGGGGUUAUGGUGUGGGGAUUCGUAUUUAUAUACACUGGGGAUUUGCAAAAUGCAAUGGCCUUGGAUUCGCACGGGUUUCGAAUCCCAAGGCUCUAAAUAUCUGUCAUUCUAAUACAUCGAAUCUAAAGUGUAUUUCAAUUUAUAGUCGCCAUGGAAAAGUGAAGGCCCGGGGACUGUCUGCAAUUUGCAUCAAUAAAUAGGCGUUACCGGGCAGACGAAGGGAAGCCGGAGGAUGGACGAGCCGUCGCUGUUCUCAGAGUUUCCGUUUCUGGUCCGGCUUCGCUCCACCGGCGGAAUGGUGCUGAAAGGUCAUCUGGUGGCGGGGGGUCGGUGGUGGCCGCUGGUGGUGAGUGUGCCGCACUACCCGGACCUGCGCCACCUGAGGAUCACUACCAAUACGGAGAGCCCGGCGGAGCAGCCCGAGUCGCCGGAUUUGUCUCGGUGCAGUUCGGUGUAUGAAGCCGUCAAGCUAUAUCGAGACAGCCUGUCGUCCCGGCCGCCGCCGCCGGACGAUGGCGCCACCAUCGCUGACGAGGACGACUCGGCUGUAUCCGCUCUGCGCAGUCACAUGACCGUCCGGCGGCAGCUGCGCGAGCUGGGUACUCGUCACGUGACUGCCUCGGCCAGUGACCUCAGCUGGGUCACACUCAGCACGCUGGACCGCUCGGCCCGGCGGCACGCGAUGACGCUGAACCUAGCCGCCGACUACCCGGCCUCGUGUCCGCGAAUCUCAGCCGACCUGCCGGUCGAGCUCACCGUCUCCUGGCACAAGGGCAGCACUCUGCUGGACAUCUACCAGCGUUUUGAGGAGGCCGUGGACAAGUACCAGGACUUUUGGACGGCGCUGGACCGGCUGGACGCUCAGCUAUGGGUGGUGGACCCCGAGAGCCCCUCCAGACGAGACACCCGACGGCGCAUCGUCAUCAGCGGUCAGCUUUCCCUGGAGGUGACUGUGGAUCCUCUCUACCCGUCGUCAGUGCCCGGCUGUCGGUUUCUGGGAGCGGAGACGGCCGCCGCCGCUCUUCGAGACAAACUGGCCAGAGAGAUUGACUCGUGGGACGAGUACGAGGGUCUGGUGGAGAACCUCGAGCGGCUGCUCUCCGUCGAGUUCGUGCGUCGUUCGGCGGCCGGCGUCGGAGGGGAGGCGGCCGGCGAUGGUGGCGCCAUCGCGGUCGACUGCGGCAUUUGUUACAGUUAUCGGUUGGAGGGAGAGACGCCAGAGCGGUGCUGUGACGACGCCCGCUGCGGCCAGCCGUUUCAUACGUCCUGUCUGUAUGAGUGGCUCCGAGCGCUGCCUAGCACUCGGCAGACGCUGCGCACGGUGUUCGGCGAGUGCCCCUACUGCUCCACGCCCAUCUCCUGUGAAAUACCAUCUGGAUGAUGGACUGGGACUUCGUUCGGUCGGUCAUCAGCCUCUCAAGUCAACGACAUGUGAUCGAUUCUCGAUAUGCCUGGCUGUCUCGGUCAAAGAUCGGCAGUCAUCUGCCCUAUCUUCAGACGUGACCAUGUUGUGGUAACUGUUGUGGGAGUGGCGUGAUAAUAUGCAGCAAACAGUGCACCCAAAUACAGUACGAUGUAAUGCAAAACAAA